AUGGCUUUAUCCCGGCGAUUGACCUACUUAGAUGGAUUCACUGGCCACGACCAAUUGCAAAUAUCUAGAUGGGGACCCACGCCAAACAUUUCGACGACACAAGGGAAAUGGCACGUAAAGGUGCCGCCACAAAUUCCUCAACGAGAAGAUGACUUUGGCCCUCAUCAACAAUUCUUAAUUCCAGCAAAUAAACCUGAAAUCUUCGAUUCCAGCUCUGUGAUGACCACAGGAUUCAAAAUCCUGGGGAGGAAAUGUGAUCCUGGGGAAUCCAUCGAACCACAAAAUCAACGUCACUGGUUCUCUCACAAUGUCGAGACUCGUUUGGGCGAUCUUCAGGGGUCAGCGAUCACUUCGGAGACAAACACCGGAUGGGAAAGUUUAGCGGACUAUAAUCCAGGAACCCAACUGUCCUCAUUCGGCCUUCCAGCAGUACUCCCGAAGAAAUCGGGCUCCAACUAUUCGAAUGUACCGAUAGCGGAGCAAUCCCUAAUGAAAACUCCCUUCCAAUGGAUAGCUCCAAACAAUUCCGCCCAUCCCGGUAUGCGCACAACGGAGGUUCAACACCACAACCCAAGGUUAGGGCCCCAGAAGCAAACAAUCACAAAUUGCCACAAUAGCUGGCAAGCGAAUAAAAGAGCCAGGAGUGUCCCUGUCGAGGAGGGCCUCCAUCAAAAAGGAGACAUGCACUCGGAAUGGAGUGAGCCCUUGGAUGGAAGGGCAUGCAUGGUUCUCACUUGUGCAACAGACACGAAAGUCAGCUCAGCAUGUUCUGCAGCGACUGAGUGGAUAGAGCAAAUUUGUAGUAGAGACAUUGUCCCAAAUUUCGACAAAGGGGCACAGAACUUCGUUCAACAACCACAGCGAUGGACUGGUAAUACAGACCACUGCUCAUUUCGCCCUAUGGCCACUCACAAUAGUUUAUCAAUUGCACAAGAAGAUUGGUGCGAGUGGCACACAGCUCCUCUCAACCAUCAACGGAGCCCGGAUUCUUCAUUCUCAUCAUGUUUUACCCCAGACACCACGCAUGAGGCCCUGAAUUUCGAUUCACCGAGUUUCCGUGACGUGAACGCACCCUUCGAAUACUUUGAUCUUAAUUCGACUCAGGAAAAGCAACCUAGAUGCCAUGAUCACUUUUCUGAAGUCGAGUCCUUUGAGACAGCCACAACAAAACAACUAGGGAAGCUCCGAAGGAUGAAAACAAGUGAAAACCGAACGACAACAGCAAAAGUUGGUCCCCAGCGGAGCAGCGCAAAAGAUGAAUUUCUAGUCCAAGGCAAGCGUUCAGGGAUGUCAUAUAAAGAAAUCAAAGAAAAGGGAAAUUUCUCUGAGGCCGAGUCCACGUUGAGGGGACGUUUCAGAACGCUCACCAAAAAGAAGGAGCAGCGAGUAAGGAAGCCAGGAUGGCAGGAGAACGACUUACGCCUCCUUUGUGAAGCUGUCAGGAAGUAUGCAACCCCUAUAAGAAAUAUUCCAGGAGAUGAGAUCAGAUCUCCCAAAAUAUCAUGGAAGCAAGUAGGCGAACAUAUUUGGAGAAAUGGAGGUUCGUACCAUUUUGGCAAUGCGACUUGCAAGAAGAAAUGGUCGCAGAUACAACAGGGUAUGAUAGUGUUAUCCCCAGAGCGUCAGUUUGGUUAA